AUGGCCAACAUCAGUGCUCAGAAAAACGCGCGUUUUGGCGACAUCCCAUCCCUAGACAAAGAAAUGCUUUCCAUGCAAAACACGAUCUUCGGUAACAGCGAUAAGUUGUUCUCCAUGCAGGGCUCUUUUAACACGCAGGAGGAUGCGAUGAAGCCGUUGCCUUCGCCCGAAUCGGGUGGUGUGCUGACCGCGGAGACCAGCCCCACCUUCCAUGCCUUUGUCCACCCGACGAAUCGGCUUCUCGUGAUGGCGGUGGCGAAGAUGGAGCAGAACUACGUGCAAACCCGCCUCACCUUGCAGAAGUGCUCGCGAAAUGUUCUGCUGGGGGUGUUGUUGUCAAUGGUGGAUGAGGACCCCACGACGUUUGUCGAGCCGAUCCGCCUGCGGCUGGAGCACCUCCUCGCGAAUCGCGCCGGGGGAGGCGGCGGGGGCGGCGGAGGGGGGGGAAUGCCAACCUCCAACGUAAGUGGGCGCAGUGCGGGGUCCUUGAACGGCAGCACCACGAUCUGGUCCACCCCACAGACGCUGUCCGGGGGAGGGGGAGGCAAUUCCAGUCCUUCCACCAUCUUCGCCGCGCCCUCUCCUACCCACCGCAAGAGUCGGGGGCAUCGGAAUAAGGAGGACGAUCAGGAGCUCUGCAGCGUGCACCACUGCCUGCGCGUGAUGAAGCACCUCCAGCUCAACCACGCCACCGGGCUGUACGAGUGCGUGCACGGGUUUCACUGCCUGGUGGACGGCCCGCUCGAGAGCACCGCCUCCAACCCGACCUCCACCGCGAAUGUGAAUGAAAAUGCGAAUUCCAAUCCAAACGCCAACCCCGCCCCCACCUCAAACACGAGGGAGGGGGAGCCGCAGGCUUAUCAUACCUACAGCAGCCCGACUUCGAAGGAAAUUGGGGUGGAGGGUGGCAGCGGGGAGCAUCACUUCGGAUGUACUCCUCUGAUAAAGCACUUUCCCUCAACUGUGGGGGCGGGCUCGCAGAUCCUCAUGGAUGAUCAGACGGGUGGGGUUUAUUCGAUGGAGGAGGACCCCGCCUUGGAUGUCCACACGCUAACGAACCUUCUAAAAAGUGUACGAGCACUAGAGAAAGAUGAAUAG